AUGAGCCGCGGCAGCAGCGCCGGCUAUGACCGCCACAUCACGAUCUUCUCGCCGGAGGGCCGUCUCUUCCAAGUCGAGUACGCCUUCAAAGCGGUCAAGGGGCCCGGCAUCACCGCGAUCGCGGUGCGCGGCAAGGACAGCGUGUGCGCCGUCACGCAGAAGAAGGUGCCCGACAAGCUCAUCGACCCCUCCUCCGUGUCGUCGGCCUUCCGCCUCUCGGAGAACCACGGCUGCAUCGCGACGGGCAUCAUCACCGACGCCAAGGCCAUGGUCCAGCGCACCCGAUCGGAGGCCGCCGAAUUUAAGUUUAACUACGCCUACGAGAUCCCCGUCGAGUACCUGGCCAGGCGCGUCGCCGACGAGAACCAGAUCUACACCCAGCACGCGUACAUGCGGCCCCUCGGCGUGUCCCUCACCAUCAUUGGUAUGGAUGAGGAGGAGGGGCCCGCGCUGUAUAAGUGCGAUCCAGCGGGGCAUUACGUCGGCUAUCGCGCUUGCGCGGCCGGCGCGAAGGAACAGGAGGCCCUCAAUUUCUUACAGAACAAGUUCAAGAGCGGCGAUGGCUCCAUCGGCGUGGAGUUGUCAGAGAAAGAUACCAUCCAGACGACGAUUGCAGCGUUGCAGAAUGUACUGUCGGCCGACUUCAAACCAGAGGAAAUCGAGGUCGCCGUCGUGUCGAAGAGCAAUCCAAAGUUUCACCUGCUCGAAGCAAAGGAAAUUGAGGACCACCUGACCGCUCUGGCAGAAAGAGACUAACCAGACUCAGUUUUUGACGUAGCCCGCGUUACCAAAGAUGAAGCGCGGUCCAUCUCGGUGUAAAGAAAAGUUGGAUUUGCACCUU